UGAAGAAUUAAUCGAUCACUGUGGUCCUACAGGAGACAUUGUUUUCAUCUUUGGACUCUUUAUAAGCACAGUAUCCGCUACUUCUAAAAUAAUACUCCUGAACGUCUACCAUGACAAUAUGUUUUUAAUAAUUACGAAUAUUAUGAACGACUGGCAGAAGGCAAAAAAUAGCAAUUACCAGAAAACAAUAAUGCUCAAGUACUCAUCGCUUAAUCGCGUAUUAUUUUACAUGGUUCUGACACCUUUGAUGUUUUACAUAAUUAAAAUAUCAAGCGAAAGGAUUCCUUACACAACUAUCAUCGACAAUGUUACUGUUCUGAUCCGAACUACACCUGUCAGCUCGGAAUGCUGGAGCUAUGCAGAUACUCCGUUAAUUAUUUACAUUAUCAGAUUUAUUUGUCGCAUUGUUGAAUGCUGCAUUUACAAUAUUGCCAGCGGUGGAGUUUUUAAAAUGGAUCUUUAUUUUUUGGUGAUAGUAAUGCACAUUUGUGGGCAAGUUGAAAUACUAGCCUCAAGUUUUCGACAAUUAAUUAAUAACAAGAAGAAUCCAAAAUUAGAUAGAAAAAAAUUUAUAAUUAUUAUUGAACGAAAAAAAUACUUGUUGAAUUUAAUAGAUUGUCUUCAGAGAUCUUUUGAGUUUUUGAUAUUUGUUGUAUUGUUGGCGUCUACUAUUCAAUUAAACGUUAUAGCUUAUACAGUUCUUUUUUAUAUGAAAGAAAACAAUAUAAAGGCAGCAAUUGAGCUGACAAGUGGAACAUUUUUCUACGUUUUUACAGAACUAUAUAUUUAUUGUUACAUCGGUGAUAAAUUGUCUUCACACAUUGACAACUUGUAUUUAUCUAUUUACGAAUGCUGUUGGCACAACUUUCCUCUGUAUGCACUUAAAGACCUCGUUUUUAUGAUUAUGAUGAAGAAUAAUCGGGAGUUUAAAUUAACAGCUGGUAAAAUUUACAUUAUGAAUUUAGUAAACUUUAAAAAUAUUGUUAAAACAAUGGGUUCUUUUUUUUCUGUUAUGAGAUUGAAAGUUUAUGAAUAA